AAAGUUGGGGGUGGGGGAAGGGUAGAAAUAAAUGGUCCAUUUUCAGAAUGAAGAGACGUGACAGAACUGUAUUGGGACUUGUGCUGUGCAAUAUAUUCAUUAAUGUUCUGGAAAAAUCCAUGGUGUUCCCACACCUUGAAUACUGUGUCCAGUUUGAUCACCCCAUGUCAAAAAGGAUAUACUGGAAAAGGUUUAGAGAAGGGCAACACAAAUGAUCAAGGGUAUAGAACGGCUUCUGUAUGAGGAGAGUCUAAAAAGAUUAAACCUGUUCAGCUUAGACGAGAGACCACCAAGGGGGGUUACAAUAGAGGUCUAUAAAGUCACAUGUGGUGUGGAACAGAAGUUUUUUACCGUUUCACAAAAAUGGUACAAAAUACAAAAGCGAGGGUCACUUGAUGAAAUUAAUAGGCAGCAGGUUUAAUAUGAACAAGAGGAAGUAGUUUUUCACGCAAGUAACCUGUGGCACUUGUUGCUGGGGGAUGUUGUGAUGGUCAAAAAUAGAACUGAAUAAGUUCAUGCAGGGUAGGUCCAUCAGCAGCUAUUAGCCAACAUGGUCAGGGACACAACCCCGUUCUCGAGCUGACCCUAAACCUCUGAUUGCCAGAAGCCAGGAGUGGAAGACUGGGGUGGAUCACUCCAUAAGUGCCCUGUUCUGUGCAUUCCCCUUGAAGCUCUGGUAAGGGCCACUGUCAAAAAUGGACAAGUUGGACCCUGGUCUGACCCAGUAUGGCAGCUUUUAUGAUCUAAAUAGCCAGAGUAUUAAGAGGGCACAUCAUGAGUUUAUUGGUCUCAAUAAAAGCAGUAGCGGCAACUAAAACUACUAUGUAAAACUUCAUAUAAAAGGAGCUAGUCUCCUUCUGAAAUUCCUAUCCCUAGUCACUAAGGCUAUUCUUCCUAAAAAAAAUUUUUUAAAAAGGGACUCAGACUUUGUCUGAGGGGAUUAUGAUCUUUCAUGAAUACAGUAUCUUUAAAAUUAAAUGUCCUGAAACUGACUCAAAGCUUGGUAUUUCAUUUCAAAUGUUAUGUUAUGCAAUCCAUUUUAUUAGUGGCUUCCCCAAGCAUUAGUAAUACAACCUGCUCCGCGCUUGUCAACUCUACCCAAAUGCUGCUUCUCUAGGAGCACCAUUUGGUGUUUGAGUUUUAACACUGACAUCCAUUUUAUCAGGUCAGGGAGCGACACCUCUUAAACAAUAGUUUUAGACUGUAAAGGUUUGGUCAGUGGAGUAAAUCAUUCUUAGCAUGUGGAUUAAUUCAAUUGAUUGAACCCUUAUGGUAUUUGUUCAUCCAACAACUGACACAUGCAUUCCAGCCAUGUUCUAUGAAUCCGUUACAAUUUAACUGGCAAUAUUGAUGGACAUGAGCAGUAAUCAAUUCUUCUCUAUGUAUUUACAGUGGUUUUUUUCCAUAAUACGUAUAGAAUAGGAGAGGUGCUUGUAUUACACUUAGAAGAGCUUGUGUUGUAGUUUGUAUAGUGGUAACCACUAAACACAGCAUCUGUCAACACUCGCCAUGCAGGUAUUACCUCCCUGUUCUAAAGACCUGAUCCUGUAAUUCCUGCAUAUCGAACUCCUGUAGAUUAGGCGAUGAGCUGUGGUGUCUUCUACCAUUGUGUGGUAAAGGCUAGCUCUCUGGAAACCGUUGUAUAUGCUAGGUCUUAAAAUAUUUUAAUGCAAUAUAUUUAAAUGAAUCUACAUCUGUGUCUAAGGUAGAUUCUAUGGUGAUGAACACAUCAGAAAUAUCCAUUUUAUGUAUCUGUGUCCAUUUCUAUUUAAAAUCUUACACUGGGUAGGAGAGACAGAGACUUUGAACAAAAGGGGGCUCCAUUCUUGCUUUCUUAAGAUUUGGGUGCUAAUGGCUGUACCCCUUGCCUGUAAAUACUCUGGGUCCACUUUUCUAGUUCACUAGAACCUUAAGGCCUCAAUCCUACACAAGAUUUACUCCUGUACUUUAGGCACUGUGAGUCAUCCCACUGACUUCAGUGUGACUGAUCACUAUGUAGUUAAGCAUGUGCAGUAAGGCCUAUGAUCUUGUGCACCCAUUGUACCAUUGAUGUCCAGGGGAUUGUUCACACAUACCAGUCAGCAUAAAGCUGGCAGAAUCUGGCCUUGCAUUAAUAUGUGAGACAAGAAUUCUACAGCAUUCCCUUGAUGAUCUUUAUUUUCACACUAUCUAUACUAAUCUCUGUGAUUUCCCCCCCUCGCCCCAAAAAAUUUAAUUUAAAAAUAACCACAUUUUUUUUCCAGUUUUAUAAAAGCAUCAGAGGUAUAUUGCACCUUCAAUUUCUUCUUUUUUGUAAAUGGUGCAUGACUUAAUGCUUCAGCUCUUGUCUGAAAAUGGCGAAAACCAUUUCUCCCUCAGUCGUCUAAAUUAGGACUUUGAUCCUGCAAAGCACAUGCCUGACUUUGAGCGCUGUGAAGAGUCUCCUUGAAGUGCGUGCAAAGUGCAGCAUUUGAAUAAAAUUGUUCAGGAUUGGGGCGCUUGAGGUACAACUCAUGGAGACUGCUGCGACUGCAUCAUGUGUAAGUCUCUGCAGGAUCCAGGUUAUGCUGUUUCUAGGUCCAUGUCACACACGUGGACCCCUCUUUACCACUGGGCCGGUGAGCCAGAACCCAGGGUUCUGGGCAGGUUGGUCAGAAUUGCCCCUCAGGUACUCCAUCUACUCGAGUGGCAGUCACACCUCAUGACUAGUGUAAACAUAUGCAGUUUCUGCAGGCAUAUUUCAGAGGCUUAUAUAAACUAUGCUGUGAAGGGAGAGGAGGCACUUCAGUCUCCAGGGCUGUCAAAGCAGCACCCAAGUGAUCUAGAGGCACUUCAGCUGCAGGAGGCCCAUGCAGUCGGGCUCUCUGUGGAUGAACUGUGCAAACACGGAGAGUCGGAAAUCCUUGACCCACCCUGGAGCAGGGUGGCAGCCUGGUGACUGGAGUAGCAGUUGCUUGCAGCCCCCUCUCCUUCCUACCCUCCUCCUAACAUCACUUGGGCUAUUAGAGCCUGAUCCAAAGCCCCCUGGAGUCAAAGGAAGCUAUGUGGGCAAAAUCUUUGCAUGGAUGUCACUAACUCUGGCUCUCCAGGCCUUUGCAUAGGAUAACAAAUUCAAUAGUCUUGCCCCUGCCACACAUCCGUGUCCUCCUAUGCACCAGUCUACUCAGGCCUAAUGCAGAGACCACCUCCCUAGAGGGGGAGAACCCCUCUAUUUUUAAUGAGCAAGUGCAAGACUUCACUGGCAUGGACAUCACAAACGAAGGUGGGGAGCAGUAAGGAUUUAACUGUUCUGAGUUCUUGCUUUUAAAUACACUACCUAAAUAAUAACACAGAUAGACGUUUAAUCCUGACCUUGGUGCACACCGCUACAGGAAAUUCCCAUUAACUUAAUGAGAGUUAAGCCCCUGCAUGGAGAGAGGAAUAGCCCCGUAUUGUUUCAUUGUCUUGCAAAGCCUUGUGAGCCUUCAGUCUGUGAGCUGAUUGCAUGGAACACCUUUCUUUAGUAACACAUUACAGUGAUGAUCCUGUUAGUUAAAGCUGGGUUUUCACAGGAAAUCCUAUAGAAGCACUGUCUGUCUGACAGCCACCUUGUAUCAUGAGGCCCUCCUUGCUAUUCGUGUCACCACAACCCAGUAGCCAUUAUUUGAAAGAGUUGCACUUUUGUUUAAACUGAGGAUCUUGUAGCCAUCUUUUUAUUGUUUGGCGUUUCAGCUCCUGUAACUGGGUUUUAGAAGAUUAUUCUGGCAGUUCUAAUUCCCGGACAAGUGAGUUUUGAAUGAAAAUCAUUAAAACUUCCCCAAGCCCCAGCUUCCAACCAAAUUAAAAUAACCUAUUACUAAACUGGUGUUAGAGAGAGAGAGACUUGUUUCCCAAUAUAGUCAGGUCUUGCUCUAGACAAUAGUGAAAUCUAGCAUAGGAAAGCUUUCAGUCCUAGAUGAAUUGCUGAGCAUUUAAUGUAACCUUUGUAAAUGGCAGACUGCGAUUAAAAAUUAGUUUGGUAGCCUCUUCCAUCAAACACAAGAAAUGCAUGGUAAUCUGUCUUGCUCUGAAGGUGAGCUCUCUGGAAGGAGGGCCUUCUCAGGAGGCAGCUGAACAGAGAGAAUUGACGCUCUUCGUGUAGAUGAUAAUACAGUCUCAAAUAUUGAAAGCUCCUUGGAGCAGUGACCUGUUUAUGAAACAGUAACACUCAGCAAUUGCUGGAUAGAGACCAGGCCGGGCAAUGUGCCAAAUGCUCUCAACUCAGCUUUUGUACCUGGGAGGGUGCGGUGGUGGUGAUCUAGUGCUGGCUUUUCCCCAUCUCUUCCUUCUAAAUGUCACGUAGGAAGAUACAUCACUAUAGGAAUAAUCAUUGUUUGGGUCUCUGCGAGUUAUGUGGUGUCCCAUGUGCUUUCGGGAGUGGAGAAUGCAUGAAAUUUUUUUUUUUUUUUUUAAGACAGUGUCUGGGAUUGUCUUAGCAUUUGGAACACAAGGUUUCCGAACCCACUAGGAUGGGAUCAGCCCUGUAGUCUUUUACAGGAGACAAAAUGAGGACUAAAUGCUGUGGGCUGAUAAGCGGGAACAAUUCCACUGAAGGCAAUAUGGUUGUGGCUGCUUUAUUCCAGCCGUGAAUCUCUUCCUAUGGGAGACUUCGUAAUGAUACCUUAGAAGCUGAGAACCUGUCUGGCCUGCAUGAACACUUAAAACAACUCCUCCUGGCUCUAGCAGGCAUUUGCCCCAGCAUCCCAACAAUAUCCCUCCUUAUACAGUCUUGUGUAGUGUGCUACAUGGUGAGAUGCUACUGCCCUCCACCCCAGAGGUGGCUGCAUUUCAGUGACGCUGUGUGGAGCACUUCCCGGGCUGGAGAAAAGCAUUGCUGCUACAAAUGUCUGAAUAACAAAAUAUUUGAGGUUCACACCCGGCUUUGUUUCGACCCGACUAACUGAACUUUAAGUGACCGUGAUUUAGAUCUUGUACUUGUCUGAAGAUGGUCCAAAAAGAUUUUUGUGGCAUGGGGCAGUAUGAACAUGCAGAAUUUCCUGAGUUGUUAAUCUUACAUCAGCCCAGUGAGUAAAACUUUGCUCACACUUAAGAUCAAAUCAGGGUGUAUCCUUGAAAUGCAGCUUGAAAACAUAUUAAAAUGUAGCAAGCAUGCUGAUUUUAUUGAUGACACCUUGGUCCUGUUGAAAUUAAGAGCAAAACUCCAAUUAAUCUUAAUGGGAGCAGGGUUGCACCUUAUAUGAAGUAUUUGGGAUAUAAAGUGGUGAAGUCCAGAAAGAUUUAAUUUGGAAAUGGCUUUACUGAACACAUGCCAGCACUAGAAAUAAUGGUGUUGUGCCAUCCUUGCCUCUGAAGUUUCUUUUCUUGGCUUGUUCGUUAAUUAGAGUUUUGCAAGAGAUUAAGCAACAGGUAAUGCAAGGAAAAACAGUUUCCUGGCCUAGUAGAAGCCUAAAUAACCUUCCUGUAUGGAUAUUUAUGGUAAAGUAUAAAAAUGAUUCUUCACAAGCUAGCGCUCCUAUAAGUAUAUUUUAUAAGGGGUCUUAUUCACAGGUAAAAUGCCUAGAGGUUGUUAAUGGCUGUACUGAAUAAAAAAUUUUUAAAGCACUAAAUUUAAGGGAGCAAAUAGUAUAAAUAUUAGGUCCAGUCAGCUUGUCCCUCACAAGAAGUGAGCAGAUUUACUCCUCUCCUUUCAGAAUCCCCAACUGAUUUUAUUAUUUCUUUAAAUUUAAGGGGUAAUUUGAAAAUACCUACAAAAAAGAUCUAGUCACCUUGAUUAAGAAAACUGAAUUAGUGUUACAACAUUAUAACGACCAUCCAGUAGGAUUACACAACCCUCGCUGGACAGCGCACACAAGUAAAUUAACCAGUCCAAUUGCCAGCCAGUAAAUCAAAACAGAAAAAGUUCUUUGUAUCACUGUAGCACCAAGGGACCCCACCUACAUGGGGACCCCCACUGUGCUAGCCACUGAGCAAUCACCUAGAAAGAGACAGUCCCUGCCCCAAAGAGCUUGCAAUCUAAAUAGACCAGCCAAAGGCAGUGUUGUUAUCCCCAUUUUACAGAUCGGGAACUGAGGCACAGAGACCAAAUGACUUGCCUGGGAUCAUAGAGCAGGUCUGUGACAGAGCCAGGAGUGCAGCCCAGUCCUAGGUGAAUGCUCCAAACACAAAUCCAUCCUCCCCUAAUACUACUGAGUACCAAUGUCCUUACUGGUCAGGUACAUGCAGGCAUAUGCUCUGCUGCCUUAUCCAGGGUUUGUGUUUAUCUAGUGUCUUCAACACCUAGGCUUUGAGAGGUAACACUGUGUCCCUAGCCAGAAUAAAGUAUCAUUGCAUUCCAAUGACUUUCCCUCAUCGGAGGAAUGAAGACUCUGUUCUGCUGGCCCAGGAUCUGUUGGGGGGUAGGGGGUUAGGAGAGGCAUCCUCUUCCAUCCUGCCACCUCCCAAACUCUGUGGGAUCCCCUUGAGGCAAUCUGCAUGUGGAUGGACUCCUGUGGGGGAGGGGGCAUUCCCCAUAACGUCACCCCAUCUCUGGAAAACUGGGGAUUUUUGUAGCCUAAGUUAAUUAUGUCCCUUUCUGCAUUAAGCUGAGCACUUUCCUGGUCUGCCCUUUCAAAUCCUAUCGGGAGACAGGUGAUGAGGCCAAGGCCUCUCAGGUCUUCAGCAAACUGUGCUGCCAUGGGGGAUGGGGAAGGAUCUAGGCCUCUCUGCAGAUACCCCUGCUCUCCUUAAAGGCCCUGUGAUCCCUUGGGGUGUUUCCCUUCAAGAAGUGUGUCUGCUGGUUGAGACAAUGAUCCCCUUGCUUGUGCUGUGGGCAAGCAAACUUCCUGCUGAUGGCAGGCUACCUUGGGAACUUUGUGAGUUUGGGCUUGUGGAAUUAUCAGAGUGUCUCUUGCCUGUGAUAGGCUUUUCUGGGGGAAGGGUGUAAUUUGGCCCUUAGCCGCUGCUAUAAUAUGUAUGGAGCAUGCAGGCCAUGAAUAACACAUGUGAGAAGUUAAUUUCUUACACUAUGUGCCUAGAUAUAUGAUCUUUUAUAUGCACAACUGGAAUUUGUUUGAUUUGGGGACUGAAAUUUCCUGGCAUUUAACAGGCGGCAUACUCUGGCUGUUUGCUAGUGUGAAAAAUAUUGAUGCCAUUCCAUCCUCCACUCCAAGCAUUAGAUGAAAGCAAGCAAUAUUAGUAAGCAUGCACUGUAAAAGGUGUGACGAGAGCAGGCACAACAAGGUAAAAAAGCUCAAAUGAUACUAUCCUCCGCUUGUGCCUUUUGCAUUUAAGUAGACUGCAGGAGCUACAAUACCUGGAGACAACCGGAGUUAAGGAUGGAAGGCCAGGCUUCUGGAAUUUCCUUGUGUUUUGGCAGUGGCCUGAGGUGAAACGUGACAUAAACAUAGAUGUUUGGAUGUGUGUAAAUGGUGGGUUCCACUAAAUCUCCCUAUAGUCCCAACCUACCAUUGAAUUUCUUAAGUAGCUAACUCCGAGCUCAAGUUGAGAAAUUUACAGUCCCUGCCUUGAUGAAGUCAGGAGCUGGGUGGGGCAGGAGAUCAGAGCCCCGUCUUUGAAGAUGACAGGUUGGAUCCUUGGCUGUGCUGUGACACAGUCCCAUGGUGAAAUCGACAAAGGGUGGGGACCCACCACCAGCCCUAAAAGGGGGAGGGGGAGCUGCUGACUGCUACGUCGGCUUGUUCUGCAAAUCUGCCAAGGAACUAAGUAGAGGAGGUCUUUUGUCCCCUGAAACCCUUGUUCCUUUUCCCAGUGACAGCUGCAGGAUUUACCAGCCCCUUCUGCAUCACCAGUGGAAGUGGCAACAGCUGCCACGGCCAGACUCCCUCUCCUGAUCGAUAGUUGUGAAACCUGCCACUGGUUAUUGGCCUCCUGAAAUAUUGGUGUUUUAUCUGAAGGUGGCCUCUCUGACGUCAGCCUGUCAAAGAACAAAGGCAGGUUAAGAGGCCCCUGAAGUCUUUACAUUCAUGCCAUGGAUUGAGUGGUUACAUGGGAACUGGCAGCCAACAUAAAACACAAAUGUGGUGGUCAUACUAAGAACUAUACAUAUAAUCCCCUUAAUGUCGUGGGCUUUGUAAUGAUCUGGGUGAGCAGAGAAAUCUUAGUGACACUCAUGGAAGCCAUAGGCUCUGGGAGCUGGUAGAGAGCAGACUUAAUUUCUGCUUCUUUUCUUUCGUUAAAUAUUCAAUGCUCAUUGCAAACGUGCUGGAGGCUUGAAAUACGCAAUAGCCAACACUUCAACUCUCCUGCCCCAGGGAGCGAAUGGUUCAGCUAAGAGCAAUUGCUGUAGUGUCAGCAUUCAGAGCAUCUGACUGGGCACCAGAAUAAUGUUUACUUGUGAUCAGUGGCUGCUGGCAUUGAAGUGUCUGGACAAGGCUGUUUAGUGGAGUAGUAGUGAAUGGGUUUUGGUUUGGAGGGGAAACCCCUUUUCCCAUAUAAGGAUGAGAUUCCCUUUCCAAGCCAAUGUAAAAGGGAAACUGGGAUGUUGGAGGGAGGAAGGAAAGAUAAAUUAUAUCUCAGGCCUUGACAUUUUCCCCUAUUUCUGAUUCAGAAAUAGAGAGAGAGUUUUGUGACUCCCAGAACCAAUCUUUUCACUCCCUAUGUAAGUCUGGGACUUACAGUGCUGCUUUAAGAAUUUGUAAAGGGAUGUUUAAUCUGCUUUUUGGGUGCAGUAGGCUUGGGUAAUUUCCCAAGAUAAAGGGAGGCCCCCCAGUACUCCAGCAAUUACAUGCAUUGGAGUUGACUGCUGGCAAACUCAGUCCGCAUACAGCUGACCUGAAAGUUCCAGAGCUGUCACCGAUGCACACCAGAACCGGUUGACUGGAAGAAGGCAGCUGUACCAAUGCUGAAUGGAAUUAAUGCGUAAUAACCCUUAUGCCUCAUUUGGAGCCACCUUGGCGAGGGACGAGGAGAAGAACCUGUGGAGCACCCCUCACGACAUAUCCCACACUGAAGCCGAUGAUGACAGGAUACUGUAUAAUCUGAUUGUUGUCAGGAACCAGCUGGAGAAAGAUUCUGAGGAAUGGCAAAAACUGAACUACGACAUCUAUACCUUGCGGCAAAUCCGAAGGGAAGUGAGAAGCAGAUGGAAGCGUAUUUUGGAAGAAUUAGGGUUUCAGAAGGAAGCAGACUCCCUGUUAUCGGUGACUAAACUGAGCAUCGUCAGCGAUUCUCAGAACAUGAGCAAAGCCCGGGAGAUCCUGUUAAAGCUCUCUGAGGAGACAAACAUUUUCCCCAAAAGCUGGGAGCUCUGCGAGCGAUACCUCUUUGUGGUGGAUCGUCUUAUUGCACUGGACGCUGCCGAUGAAUUCUUUAAGAUGGCCAGCAUCGCCUAUCCAAAGAGACCCAGUGCUGUGAAAGUGGAAGACCAUCAGAAAGAAAUGCAGCACAUCCUUGCUCCAUUGCCCUGAAGAGACUGCUUGGGCAGGAGGUGUGCUGGGUUUCCAUUCCCUCAUGGGAGUUGGUUCACCCGCUGAGGUUAGCCGAAGCGACGUGAUUUCUUUCCUUCGGAGGACAAGCGCAAAGUGCCCAAGUAAAAUGACUUUAUUGUGAGCAAGAAGCGCAAGGGUGGAACAAUCAAAAAGAUCCAUGGGGGCUAAGAGUGGGCCUUGGUGCAGGGAUGUCUCCCGGUGGAAAGGAGCAAGUGCUGCUAUGAACCUGAGUUCUGCGGGUGGAAGAAUAUACGAGCCCAAUCUCUGAGCAAGGACAUGGGGGUGUGUUUGGGGAGGAGGGGAACCCACUGUACAAAGUGUUGUAAAGGCUGGGAUGCCUUUAGUUAGAGCAGCAUAUAAAGUUCUGUAUUUCCGGCGGCUCCCAGUGGCAUCUCAUAACUGGAUGUUCCCUACAUUGUCCUUUGUAGUCAGGAGAACCUCUGAGGGAGGCUACUUUUUUUUUUUUUUUAAACCGCCUUUGACUAGAAACAUAUUAAACCUCUCUCCAUGGUGGUGACUAAAAUGGACUGUAUUGUGCAUUAUGUAAAUGAGACUUUAUCUUCCCCCAUUCCCUCAGCAGCCAAGCUAAGACAUGUGGGGGCUGAUCACUCUCGGCAGUGGGAAGGUUCAAUAGGCAGCGAGCGGGUGAAUAAGUUUGUGAGUGGAUUUAGUUGCGCGUGUCAAGGACUGCACUUGUCCAAUAAUAAGAUUUUGACACGGGUAUGAUUUCUCAUUUCUUCAGCAGCUCUACACAAAGAGAACAUUCCUUUCCUUCUUAUUUAUUCAGCCCUGUAGCUACUCUUGCAGGUGUGGUGGCAGAAAAUCAACUCCUAUUCCUUCGGCUGGCAUCUCCCCUCCCGAGAUUGAAAACUGCUUGUUCAGCAUUGAGCUCUGUAACCCAAGCAUGAAGCCAGUGCUGAGAUGAAGGAUCCUUAUUCCAAGCUUAGCUCCCAGUGAGAUUCUGUUCUAAAGACUUGUUUUGCAAAGCACGUGUGAUGCUGGGUUAUUGAAACCUUUUCAUUGGAUCUCUGUAAACAAAUCGGCCACGACCUUCCAAAGUGACUAGUGAUUUUGGGAUGCCUCCGUUGUUUGAUACUCAACUUGACUCUUUAGAGGAAACUGGUUUUCAGGGUGUGCUAAGCACUAACCUGUGAAGAGCAGGCCCCUUUAAGGUACCUCUGGUUGGGCACCCAAAAUCACUAGCUGCUUUUGGAAAACCUUGGUCGUCAUAACUGCAUUAUUUUAAACGGGGGAAAAAAGAUGAGCGUAUUGUGCAAGAAAGAGCGUGUUGUUACAAAGCUUGUGACAUGAGAUUUUUUUUAAUAAUGACCCCUACUAUGUCAUCUUGCUCUUUUAUCUGGUAAUAAGCAAUAAUUUUAAAACACUGGAUGUUAAGAAUAAGUAGGAGUUCUUGUUCAUCAGUGGUUAAUAGAACUGCUGCAGAGGGGCCAGCUGAAAGAGUUGGUUUCAUUGGAGGCUUCCCAGGAAAUAAUAUAACGAGAGAACUUUUAUUUAUACCUACAGUGUUCAAAUAUAUAUGAAUUGUAAAUAUUUGUCAAUCUUCCUGGAAAAUUUUUGUCAGUUCUGUACAUUGAUGAAACCUUACUUUAAUAAACACAAAGUUCUGUGACAA